AUGUCUGUGUGGCCAUCUAUCCGAGGCAGAUGGAAGCAGGGGUGGAAGGAAUCCACGGGGGGCUCUUUGCAGCAACCCCAAGAGGACUACGAGGCCCUGCGGGACCGCUGCCUGAAGGACCACUGUCUCUUUGAAGACAGCAGCUUCCCGGCCACCCAGAGCUCCAUCGGCAGCGGGCCUCUGCUCCAGAAGCUGCCACCGCACCUGCAGUGGAGGAGGCCCCCCGAGCUGCACAGCAACCCCCAGUUCUAUUCUACCAAGGCUAAAAGGAUGGAUUUGUGCCAGGGAGUUGUAGGAGACUGCUGGUUCUUGGCUGCUGUGCAUGCGCUGACUUUGCACCAGGACAUCUUGAGCCGGGUUGUUCCCCUGAAUCAGAGUUUCACUGAGAACUAUGCUGGCAUCUUCCAGUUCUGGUUCUGGCACUUUGGGAAAUGGGUUCCUGUGGUGAUAGAUGACCGAUUGCCCGUGAAUGAGGCUGGCCAGCUGGUGUUUGUCUCCUCUACUUACAAGAACUUGUUCUGGGGAGCUCUUCUGGAAAAGGCCUACGCUAAGCUUUCUGGUUCCUAUGAAGACUUGCAAUGUGGACAGGUGUCUGAAGCCUUUGUGGACUUCACUGGAGGGGUGACAAUGACCAUCAACCUGGUAGAAGACCCUAUCAACCUCUGGGGCAUCCUAAACAAAACCACCUACAGCAGAACCCUCAUUGGCUGCCAGACUCGUAUAGGGGAGAGAGUGCAGGAGAAUGGGCUGGUGGAUGGCCAUGCCUAUACUCUCACAGCAAUCAGGAAGGUGACCUGCAAAUAUGGACCCGAAUAUCUAGUGAAACUACGGAACCCCUGGGGGAAGGUGGAAUGGCAAGGAGACUGGAGUGACAGUUCGAGAAAAUGGGAGCUGCUGAGCCCCAAGGAGAAGCUUCUGCUUCUGAGGAAAGAUAAUGAUGGAGAAUUCUGGAUGUCUCUGCAGGACUUUAAAGCACAUUUUGUGCUUCUGGUCAUCUGUAAACUGACCCCAGGCCUGUUGAGCUUCGAGGUGGGCCAAAAGUGGAUGUACACCAUGCAGGAAGGGAGAUGGGAGAAAGGGAGCACAGCUGGAGGCCGGAUGAAGUCCUCGUGGCAAGAUACAUUUUGGAAAAAUCCACAGUUCCUGCUGUCUAUCUGGAAGCCUGAGGAGGGGAGGCAAUCCCCGGGAACCUGCAGCCUGCUAGUGUCCCUGCUGCAGAAGCCCAGGCACAGGUGCCGCAACUGGAAGUCUCGCCUGGCCAUUGGCUUCUACGUGUUCAGAGUGAGCAAGCACUAUAAUGACAGGAGGAAACUGCCCGCUGAGUUCUUCUGGGCAAAUGCUCCCCUGAGCUGGCCUGAGGCGUUCCUUAAAGAAAAGGAAGUGAAUCGGGAGCUGUGGCUGGAACCAGGCACAUACCUCAUCGUGCCCUGUGCAUCCGAGGCCCACCAGGAGUCGGAGUUUCUCCUCAGACUCUUCUCCAGGAAGCACAUCUUGUAUGAACUUGGCAACGAUUCCAGGGUGGUCUACUCCAAGGAAAUAGUAGAACAAAAUGAAGAGCAGAAUGAAUUCUUCACCAAAUUCUUUGCCAAGUAUCCAGAAAUAAAUGCUAUUCAACUGCAGAAGAUCCUGAACCGAAUGACCUGGUCAAGUCUGGGGAACAGACAGCCCUUCUUCAGCUUUGAUGCCUGCCAGGGGAUCCUGGCCCUCCUGGACCUUAAUGCAUCAGGGACUGUGAGCAUCCAGGAGUUCAGGAGCCUGUGGAAGCAGCUGAUGCUGUACCAGGAAGUUUUCCACAAGCAAGACAGUAGCAGGUCAGGACUCCUGGACUGGGUGCAGCUGCAGGCUGCCGUGAUGGAGGCAGGAAUCGUGCUUGGGGACGACGUCUGCCAGCUGAUGCUCCUCCGCUAUGGUGGCCCCAGACUUCAGAUUGAUUUUGUCAGCUUUGUCCUCUUGAUGCUGCGUGCAGUGAACAUGGAGAAUGUCUUCCAAAACUUAACCAAAGAUGGCAAAGGGAUAUACCUCCAGAAGCCCGAGUGGCUGAUGAUGACUCUGUAUUCCUGAGAAGCCUGGAACCUUGUCUGCCCUCACUACAGACUCUGCAUAUGGGCCACCGGUACCUUUGGCCGAAACUAACCCUCACUCACCCCAGUUACUGUUCUUCAGGACUGUGCACCAGCCGUCACCUGCUCAGCUGGGAAGAUUUCUCUCCUGCAGCUCUCCCCUUUGGAUGGUCAACAUGCUGAAAGGAAAGGAAGGUGGCAAAGAUUGCACUGGAUUUGUUAAGUCCAGCUGUCCUUCCCUGUGACCAUAACCUUGCCACCACCAUCAGAGACGUUACCUGACAUGACCUGAGCAAUACAACUGUGGGCCUGGUGGGCUUAGUCUCUAUGGGACACUUCAUGGCUGUCCCACUUAAAUGACCUUACAUGCACCAGGUAUCAUCACACUUGAGAUAACACUCUAGGUUUCAAGGUUUGAAGAAGGAAUGCCGUAUCCUUUGAUAUCUGUAAAUUGGUAGAGGUAUAGGCUAAGUUUCUACUCUUUGGGUGGAGUUAGGGACAUAGCAGGCUUUCAUGAACAUAGAAAAUAAGAGAAUUGACUGGAUCCAGGUGGAAUGUGCUGGCUCUGGCCCCUGGGACCACUCUUGACUUCUGCUGACAAUCUCUUUGGAUGACCGGAUUUGGGGCCACUGUGGAUUUAAGAUACCUGAGUUCUCAAAGGCCUUCUUGCUUGUAACAGGCAUCAGUCUAUUUUCUUAACCUAGGGACUAUUGGAUCCAUUUGAAAUCAAUGUUCCUCCUUCAAAGAAGAAUGACAAAUCCCUGCUAAAUUAUAGAGUUUGUCAGUGGAUGGUUGGCAUAUCUAUUUUUUUUCCAGCUACUAUGAUAUGUCAUUACGUGUGGCAUCCCUACCAACCCCAAACCCAAAUGCAAAACCAGAACAAAGGCUGUUUUCCAAAGCCCACACGUUUCACUCACAGAUUAGCAUCCCAGCACCAUUCAUUACUAUUCUAUUUGUUCUUAAUAUACAAAUGAGUCUAACAAACAUGUCUACCGGGUCUCCAAGUCCACAGUGGACUAAAGGAAGCAGCUGAACGAGGAGCUAAGAGUGUGUCACUUGCAGAACUAAGGAGAUUUGACAGCCUGAUAGAUGAGCAGUGUACUAGAAGCAUGGAACACUUUAAAAGCGAAUUUCAAGGAGGUAGAAAAGUAUUUUACUUAGUUAAAAAAAAAUCUUCAUUUAUUCCAAAUGAUAAUAUGUAUGUCUUGCCAUAAAGUGCAAGAUACGUGAGGUGUCACUGAUUUUAUAAAUGAUGAUCAUGUACUUAUAGUUUAAAA